AUGGAGCUCCUACAGAAGUACGUCAAAGACGAAGGAGCUGUUGGAAUCGACGACUUGAAUCGCUGGCCUUCAAACUCACUUGGGGUGGAUUUCCUCUCAAGGACAACGACUGCCGGCUCCAUUGAUUCUUUAAAACAGCAUGAUCUUAUUACAAAAGUACGCUUCUGCAAAGAGGAGCUUAUUGGACUUGCUUGGUUUGCUCUUCAUUCUGCCCGUACCUUGUGUUCCUAUAUCCCCUCUGAUGCUAAUUUUGUGUAA